AUGCUCAGCGACUCUACGCAUAGCGCCCUCGAGCGAGCUGGUAGAAUCCUCAAGCAGUUCCAUGAGGAUGAGGAUUCCAUACCUAGGGAUGAAUCCGACUGGCUCCUUGAUCUAAAAGCGGCCGCACCCGAAUAUUUCGAGAUUCCUGCAGAUAGCAAGACUGCAGCCCGCUGCAAGGGAGCGGCGUACGAUAUCAUGAGGAAGGAAUAUGUCGAGGAGCUCUUAAACAGGCAAGGCAUGCUAGGUCAGGGCAGUCUAUCCGACGUCCAGGAAGGCUUUCUAUGCGUCGUCUCCCAGGAGAUGCCUGAGAUCUUUGCAGACUUGUAUUCGAAUUCCAGCAGCAUUGGCGGCAGUCACAGAGCGCAUGAUGUAGACGAAGGCGACGCCAAGUCAUCGUUGGCAGUGAGCGACCUCAUUCUCCCAACUGAUCAAGGUCGCCUGAGCAGCCGGAGCCGCCACAUUCUUGAACGCGAUUUCGAGGUGCAGAAGCGACUUGCUCAGGUCUCACCACAACCGCUUCCACCUCAACCAGCUGCAGUCGUGAUGCCUGAGCUUCGUCAUACCCCAGCACCGUCUAGACAACUCAUUUUUGGUAGCUUUACCUUUGAUCGAAGCAACAACACUAAUGCGACCAGGGCGGAGUCACCAGCCCUAUCGCCAUCUACAACGCCAGUGACUUCAUCCAAGGCCCAACGCAGAGCAGGUGCCGAGCGCACUGCGAGACGCAAGGAAACGGCCGCGUCACGAGAAAUGGAACGACAUCACGCAGCGACGACAAUCGGCAAAGGUGGAAGCGACAUCGGUGGCAUUGGUGGAGGGAAUUCAACAGUGUCGCUGGCUGAGAUUGACAAACGCCUCGACGAGAUGCUUGCGACUGUCGAGGAGAAAGCUGCCGAACGCAAGCGACUCAUGCCCGCCGUUUACCAGGUCUUCCAGCUCGAGGGCGAGCUUCUUGAGCUGCAGCUUCAUCUGGACGAACUGAGAUCAGCAAAACGGGAGAUGAGUUCUCAGCACGGUCCCGCUUGA